UUUUGUUUAUAAAGAAAAAGAAAAAGAUAAAUAACAUAUAUGGUAUAGUCGUAUGGGAGUCGAUCCCCAAACUAACGGACCAUCCUGAAGAAGAGAGAGCGACGGACUCUGGGCUCUCUCUCAGUCUCAGCCUAGCCGCCGCAACAAUCAACACCAAUCUCUCAAACACACAGAGAAAUGAGGUGCCCGUACUGCUUGGCCGGGCAAGGCCGGUGCGCGACGACAACAAACUCCCGUCGUUCGAUAACGGAGUGCACGUCGUGUGGCCGUGUGGUGGAAGAGCGCCAAUCCCAAUUCCACUGCCUCUUCCACCUUCGCGCCCAAGACAACCCUCUCUGCCUCGUCACCUCCGACCUCCCCACCCUCCACCACCAGGCCCAACCCAACAACGCCGCCGCCGCCGACGACGACCCGUUCGAGCCCACCGGAUUCAUCACCGCCUUCUCAUCCCCGUCGUCUUCCACCGUUGUGGUCGAUAAUCUCAGGGCCUACAUGCAAAUCAUCGAUGUCGCUUCGAUCCUGGGCUUGGAAUACGACAUCUCAGACCACGCGUUUCAGCUCUUCAGGGACUGUUGCUCCACUACUUGCUUGAGGAAUCGCAGUGUUGAAGCUCUCGCUACUGCUGCUCUUGUGCAGGCCAUCAGAGAAGCCCAAGAGCCCAGAACCCUCCAGGAAAUCUCAAUUGCAGCCAAUGUGCCCCAAAAGGAAAUUGGUAAGUACAUCAAGAUACUUGGAGAAGCACUGCAACUUAGUCAGCCCAUCAACAGCAACUCCAUAUCUGUCCAUAUGCCGCGGUUUUGCACUCUCCUCCAGCUCAAUAAAUCUGCUCAGAAACUGGCAACUCACAUUGGAGAGGUUGUCAUAAACAAAUGCUUCUGCACUCGUAGGAACCCCAUUAGCAUCUCCGCAGCUGCAAUAUAUUUAGCCUGCCAGCUUGAAGACAAGCGAAAAACUCAGGCAGAGAUUUGUAAGGUGACUGGUCUUACUGAAGUCACUCUCCGGAAAGUUUACAAGGAGCUGUUGGAGAAUUGGGAUGACUUGCUCCCAUCUAAUUAUACUCCAGCCGUUCCUCCAGAAAGAGCAUUCCCAACCACUGUAAUCGCUUCAGGCCGUUCUUCAACAUCUAAAGUUGAUUUAGUUGAAAUACCAGUUUAUUUGGAGAGAGAGAAGCUGCCUGAAAUAAAACCUAACAAACCAAAUGAGGGAUUAGACAUGAAUGUUCCGGCCAUAGGUAAAGAGGAGUUUGAGUUUAAAGGUAAUUCUCGAGGUGCGCAAACCACUGUUUUGAAUCAAUCAACAACUUUCUGGCAACAGCAGGUUCCAUAUGGUACUUCUGGUUUAAGGACAGCAGGAAAGAACUCUCAUAAUGGCACUGAAGGAAUUGACAUCGAUGAGCCGCAACGUAACCAGCAGCCUAACCAACAGUUUGAGCAGAAGAUGGGUAUGGACUCAAACAGUCUUACUAGUACACGAAAGCCAACUCAAAUUUUGACCCCCCCAGCUUCAGGUGCAUGCUCAGUUACCAGGCAGUUUCGGUGCCCUCCACCGUCAUCAGGUUCUUCUCCAAAUGUUUUGUAUGUGCUGCCUCCAAACCUGGCACCAGGUUAUACUGAACUUAGAGGUGGCGGGAGUCAAAAUGUAAGUGAAAAUGCCAAACAGAGUGGGGAUGCCUAGUGGUAUGACUUUUGUAUAUAGAGACCUUACAAAAUGUAUCUUCCUUGUCACUACCGAUGUAUUUCUUCUGUGUUUUGGUGACAAAUGCGUAGCCUAGUUACUCGUUUCAGGUUUGAACACAGUUUGAUUAUUUUUUGGGUUAUAGGAGUUGUAGAAUUACAGAAUUCACCGAUGUAUUUCUUCUGUAUUUUGGUGACAAAUGCGUAGCCUAGUUACUUGUUUAAGGUUUGAA